UUUGCAGCUCUGACAGAAUCACGUUAAAUUGAACACAGAAGAGUACAAGAACAGGACUUACCCAGAAAAUUCAAGACAGUUGGCAGCUAUGUAAAAUUGCAGGCAUUGAUAGAAAGUCCAAAAAAUGGCUGCAAGAAAUCCUAAUAGACAGAAUCCCCUGCCUUUACACAAAGUUUUGAUUAUAGGCAGUAGUGGUGUCAGGAAACAUGAUUUAAUACUCCAUUUUAUGUAUGGUGAUUCUGAGGCAGACUAUGAACUCACCGAUCAGGACAGCUGCAAACAGGACUGCUACGUGAAAAAGGUUGUGGUAGAUGGGGAGGAGGUCCAGAUUGAAAUCCGGGAUCUAUCUGGAAUGGAAGACUAUCAAGCCGUCAUAGAUAGUUACAUCCAAAAAGCAGAAGGCUUUCUCUGUGCCUUCUCCAUCACAGAGCAUAAAACCUUUGCAGCUACUGCAUGGUUAAGGGAUCAGAUUAUGCUAGUGAAGGAAUGUGACAAUGUUCCAUUCUUACUGGUUGGAAUCCAAUCAGAUCCCGGAGAUAAAAGGGAGGUCUCUGUGGAUGAGGCAACAUGCAAAGCUGCUAACUGGAACGUGGAGUAUAUGGAGAUACCUGGAGCACAGACACAGGCUGAGGUACAAAAAGUAUUCUUCAAUUUACUGAGACAAAUCAAAGCCUACAAAAUGGAAAGCAAACAUGAUGAACACGACAAGAAAAAGCAGAAAAGCCUGGCCAAGAUAAUAAGAGAAAAACUUUUCAAAAAAAGAUGAAAACAUCGUCAUUGCUAACAUGCACACACCAGGAUUAAGGCACCAUAUGGGGAUUGGCUGCUCAUUAACAUCUUUGCAACAUCUAGGACAUUAAUUAAAAAUCAAAA